AUGACAACCAAAAAGUUCGGAAUGGAAGAUGUUGGAAUUACGAAGAUUGGAGGAGACAAAAAUCCGAAGAAUAUCAGUCAAAGCGAUUGGAAAAAAGUUUUGCCGAAUGAGGUGUAUAGAGUGGCAAGAGAGUCUGGAACGGAAUCACCUCAUACUGGCGGAUUUGACGAUCAUUUCGAGAAGGGGCGUUAUGUUUGUCUUUGUUGUGGUUCUGAACUUUUUAAUUCGGACGCAAAGUUUUGGGCUGGAUGUGGAUGGCCGGCAUUCUCAGAAUCCGUUGGAAAAGAUGCGAAUAUCGUCAGAAUUCAAGAUCGAUCACAUGGAAUGAAUCGUACUGAAGUACGAUGCAAAACGUGCGACGCCCAUCUCGGCCACGUAUUCAACGAUGGGCCAAAGGAUAAAACUGGCGAACGAUACUGUAUCAACAGUGUGUGUAUGGCAUUCGAGAAGAAGGAUUAA